AUGCUCGCUCCCACGCGCCGCCUUUGUCGUGGCGCCACACAACGUGAACUGCGAUUGCAUUUGCGGCGCCUCAGAGCGGUCAGUAAGACGGCGCAGCGGGAGCUCCACAGGCGUCGUCGUCGGCUUCGCGAUGCCAAGCAGGAAUGCUCAGGCUUCUCCACGGCGCCGUCGUCCUCGGCGUGCGCCGGCGUGCGUGCGGAGUGGCUUCCGAAAAACGAUGCCUUAGAAAGCGCGAUUGCGUUGGCGAUAAGUGAGAACCGAGAUGCAAGGACGGAGUUGGAGUUCACGCGGCAUUUUAUGACGGGCUCAUAUCUUUCCUUGGCGUCUCCUGUGGGAAGCUGGGACCCCUACGACACUAAGCCGCAGGUGUUUGCCCUGGACAAGUACAUCGCCCUCCCCGUCUUCACCUCCCUGGCGUAUUUGCGUCUCUUCUGCCGACGGUUUCGGUUCACUGUGCGGGACCCCAGCGGGGUUCUCUGGGCGGAUGGCGCGGCGGAGGCGGAGGCGGCUGACGCGGCGGGCGACACUGUGCCGUUGCCGGACGUCUCCAAGAGCGAGUGGUGGGAGCGACACGUGCAGCGGCGUCUCCGUGCCACGGCGCUCGAGCCGCCGCAGCCGCCCGUCGCUGAACAAGAGGUACACACGGUGGAAUCUGCUGAGGCUGCGGCGGACGCUUCUUGGUUGCAGGCGGAUGAUCUAUUCGGCUGCAUGGACGCCGCCCCCGCGGAGGGCACGGUCGCCGCCCCGCAGGGGGCAGAAAUGCCCAAACGAGAACUACGCACGUCUCGCGUGGGGCGACGCCGUGGGAGGAAGUCUGGCGGUCGUGGACCCCCCGGCAGCAGGCGCGUCCGGGAGGGAGGCGGAAGAGAGGCACCGGGAGCCGGAGACGCGGCGUCGGGGCAGGACGCGCUGAAGGCGGCAUUUUGGGCUAAAGUGCGCUCGACAGCCCCGUUCCGCAUCAAGCAGGUGACGCCGCUGCCUGUGUUUGGCCCGCUUUUGCGGCCCUUCUUUGUUGGCUACUUUGCCGACGUCGACACGCUGCUCCACAACGCCUCCAUCGUCCCAGCGAGUGUCGACAUCGUGCUCAACCCCGCCUCUCCCAUCGAGUUUGUCCUCGCCCGCGAGGCGACGGAUCGGGUGCUUCACGGGGAUCAGCUGCUGCGCUUGGCCUACCGACGGGUGGAGAAGGAGCUCCGCGGGGAGUUUCAUCGCUACUUCGGUCGCCUCGCCCCGGAGGUGGCGUGGGCGCGAAGCGCCUGUGUUCCCGCCCCCGUGCCCGGAAAACCCGACGAGGUCAAGUACGAGUUAGUUAUUUUGCUGCAGAGCGAUGACCUCCCGCAGACGUACGCGGCGCUGCGGGCGGCAAAGCGCCACUGCCUCCUCAUGGGGCAUUCAGAACUGGACGUGCUUCCGUGGGAUGCCGCCGCGCCGCACGUGCGGGAGGCGUCUUCGUUGUUUUACGAACGAGGCGUGGCAACCGAUGACGCUUGCGGUGCACAGGGCGCUCUUGGCGUUUUUGAGCAAAAGGGGCCUAUACAGACGAUCAGCGUGGCGCAGCCGGCGGAGAGCUUUUAUCAUGAUCCCACCGCCGCCUACACGGAGAGCCACGCCGUGUUCACCGAGGAGCUGAAGUUGAGGCGGCGUGUGCAGUAG